AUGCAGUUCGCGUUCUUGACUAUUUUCUUCGCCCUCGGUGCCUUGUUUAGCGUACAGGCAGCAAUUGUCGAGCGCCAGACGGGGGUGCGUUCGUGCAACUGUGCUGGAAGGAGUUUCACUACAACGGAUGUAACGAACGCUAUCCGCGGCGCUAGGGCUGGGGGAUCUGGUAAUUACCCGCACGUAUACAACAACUUCGAGGACUUUUCGUUCAGCUGCACGCCGACUUUCUUCGAGUUCCCAGUCUUCCGGGGAUCGGUCUACAGUGGCGGUAGCCCGGGUGCAGACCGCGUUAUCUAUGACCAGAGCGGUCGUUUCUGCGCUUGCCUAACGCACACGGGAGCACCGACGACAAACGGCUUCGUAGAAUGUAGUUUCUGA